CUUCACUCCACACCUUCUCCUGCCACACGCAUAUCUUCGCCGGAGCUCCUUUCACCAAUGGCCUCCCUUGCGACCGCCGCCGCUGCUCCAGCCGCCCUCGGCCACUCUGAGAUGUUCGGCAUCUCGCUCGGCUCAAUCACCACCGUUCGUGCUGCUGCUCCGCCUUCUUCAUCGGCCUCCGGAUCAAAGAUCGUCGCCCUCUUCUCCAAGAAAGCUCCGGCAAAGUCGAAGGCCGUCCCCGCCUCCCCGGUCAGUGAAGAACUGGCCAAGUGGUAUGGUCCUGAUAGGAGGAUCUUCUUGCCGGAGGGGCUCCUUGAUCGGUCUGAUGUGCCGGAAUACCUCACCGGAGAAGUUCCCGGAGAGUGAGUGCUUCAUUUCUAUUACUGAUUUUUUUUUAUUGCUUGAAUAAGUUACAAUUGUUACCAGAAAAAUUAUUAUGAACUAUUUUAUUGGCUGUAAAAUGUGUGCGAAAUAGAAAGGGAAAAAUUUUAGGGUUGGGAGAUCUUGACUAAAUCUUUUUCACCAUUAAAAAUAUAUGAUAUAAAUAAUUUAAUUAUAUUACAAGAUAAAAUGCCAUACAUAAAAUUAAAGUCACAAUAAUAAUAACAACAACAAGCUUUUAUGUGUGGUCAGCCCACAAUAUUAAAAUUGAAUGUGAUAAAAAUAAUUUUCUUCGCUGUUUUUUAAAACAACUUUUUAAUAUAAAAAUAUUUUGAAACUAACAAAAAAAUAGUGGCCAGAAGUUUUUGCAAACAAAACCAAAGAGUUUUUUAUUUAUUAUUUUCCAAUCGAGCACACAACAAAACAUAUUAAAUGCAUGUCGUGACCUAUAUAUAUUGGGAUUAACUAUUCUGUGCGGACACUGAACUCCAUUCGGAGAUCAACCAGAAUG